CCAGGGAGGCAGCCAGCGGUCGUGUUCUCACGGAGGUUUAGGUGGUUCUUGAUUUGGUAAAUGCCUGCAAAAUGCUUUCUUUAGAAUAACAAAUGUUUCUGUUUUCUCAUCGGGCCACCUUUGUUUCUGUCCCGAACACCAAUAGAGGAAUUCCGCGUGGGAGGGUGGAAUUACAGUUUGUAACUGAGUAAAAGUGGCACGAAGAUUAAUGAGAGGACAAUUUAAUAUAAUCCUUGGCUGGUUCGGGUUGAAAGGACCUUAAAUCCUGUCUCAUUCUACCCCUGCCAUGGACAGCGACACCUUCCAUAGACCAGCUGGAAGACCAGAUAAUUUCUCAAGUCCAGGCUGGUUUUUUGGAAACAUAUUUUUUCCCCUCUUGCUGCACCAUGGGUUGAGGUUGUUGUUUUGCAUAACAAUUAUGGAAGAACUUAGGCAGGAUGCACAGAAUGACUGCUGAGGGUUUCCUUAGGUGAUGCUUCAGGUAAUGCCUGGGUGGCAGCUUUCUGUUGACAAUUCCACUUGGGUGGUUGUUUUCCUUCUCCCGUUUUCUGUUUGGAACAAGGAGCUCUGUCCAGUUGCUUCAUUCCUCCUUAGGAGUUUUUACUGGUUUCAGAAGUCUGAGUUCACUUCCAUCUUCUCAGCCUGGGGGUUAAAUUCCCCCCCUCCACUGGAAAGGUCAGAGCCUGUAUUCCCAAGGUUUGUUUUUAGAGGCAGCCCUUGGCUGAGGUGGCAUUGGACACUUGCUUGGAUCGCUGCCAUUUCCAAAUUUAAGCCGGGGCUGUCCUGCUCCGGGACCGAGGGAGCUCCAGCUCAGAGUCACUGCAAGUGAGCCCCUUUCUCAGGAAGACAGUUCAGAAAGGAAAGCUCAUGGAUUUCACAAGCACUGUCAUCAUCCCGCUGCUUUUUGGCAGCUUGGGGAUCUUCGCGCUGUUCCGGCUGCUGCAGUGGAUGCGGAUGCGAGCGUACCUGCAGGAAGCAGUGGUGGUGAUCACAGGGGCCACCUCUGGCCUGGGAAAAGAAUGUGCCAAAGCUUUCCACGCAGCUGGCUCCAAGGUGGUGCUCUGUGGCAGAGACAGCAAGAAGCUCAAAGAGCUGGUGCAGGAGCUUUGUGCCGUGAAGAAUCACCGCAAAAACACACACGAACCUCACACUGUGGUGUUUGACCUCUCAGACACCAAAACUGUGGUAAAUGGUGCUGAGGAGAUCCUGAGGGCCUUGGGUCAUGUGGACAUCCUGAUCAACAAUGCUGGCAUCAGCUUCCGAGGCACAAUUGUGGACACAGGACUGGAUGUGGAUAAGAAAGUGAUGGAAACAAAUUACUUUGGACCUAUAGCCCUCACCAAAGCACUUCUCCCCUCCAUGAUCAAGAGGAGACAAGGCCACAUUGUGGCCAUCAGCAGCGUGCAAGGCAAAAUAAGCAUUCCUUUCAGAUCUGCAUAUGCUGCCUCUAAGCAUGCUACCCAGGCCUUCUUUGACUGUCUGCGAGCAGAGGUGGAGCAGUAUGACAUUGAAGUGACAGUUGUGAGCCCUGGGUACAUCCAGACAAACCUGUCCCUCAACGCUGUCACAGCGGACGGAUCUCGCUAUGGAGUGAUGGACAAGACCACGGCCGAGGGACAGACGGCGGCCGAGGUGGCUCAGGUGGUUCUCAAUGCAGUGGGACAGAAGAAGAAGGAAGUGCUUGUGGCUGGCCUGACCCCCUGUCUGGCUGUCUACCUGAGGAACCUCUGCCCCAGGCUCUUCUUCAACUUAAUGGCAUCUAGAGCAAAAAAGGAGAGAAAAGUAAAGGGUUCUUAGAGCUCAGCUCCCCUGAGCAGGGAGAGGCUGAGCCCCUGCAGUCGGCUGGGACAUCACUGGAGGUGCUCCUGCAGGAAAAUCCUUUCUCAAAAUGCGGUUUACCGUUGCAUGGAGACUGGGAAGUGUUUUCCCCCACACUGCUGGAAGACAGCACCUAAACCUCAGCUGGAGAAGGAAGGGUGCUUGGACAAUGGGGGAGAGCUGCAGGGGAGGGGUCAGGGGAACACUGCAGCUGGGGAAGCCCCUGGCUGGGAGACUCCUCACCUCACUGCAGGCAUGCUCAGCUUUACUGGCCUGCUACAAAUAAAACCACCUGUUCUGCCUUCACACCACCAGACCUUGGCUGUCCCCACCCCUGUGAAAUACAGUCCUCAGCCGGGAGCUCUCGUGAUCAGUGUCUCAUUCCCACUCCUUCCAAUCUGAUCCAGGACAUGCUGCCUGCAGUGGGAACUUCAGAGCCUCUUCUUGUUAACGUGCCAAGUCAUCUGAUAAAUUAAGCUCCAUCCAGUGCCACUUUUAAAGAAGUACCUGAUGUAUUUGGCCAUCAUUUUACCUGUCUGAAUCAUGCCCUACCAAUGUACUGGGAGAGUUAAUUCUGCAGUGACAGCGCCCCGUGAAUCCCAGCCCAAGGAAUGCAGGGAAGCACUGGACAGGUAGAACAGCAAAGCAGCUGCUGCCAGGACACAUUGCACAGGUGGCAGGAGCACACCUGGGCCACCUGCAGCACAGAGCAGGAGUGAUCCUCUGGAGACCAGGCACUCUCUGGCACUGGAGGAGAAUCCAUCUGUGUAGGGUGCAGAGCGUAGCACACAGAGCCUUUGUUCUCAUCUGCUUUAAAGCAAUCACAGAUGCUAAUUAGGAUCACAUCCAGUGGGGAAUGAUAGCUGCCUGUUCAGGUAUCACUUCAGGGAGCCCAACAGCCUGAAGGGGUGCCGUGUUUCAUUCCUCACCUCUUCUCCUCAUGUGAGGGAUACCAGCAGCACUAGGAAAAAGGAAUUGCUGCACAGAGAUAGGACGGAAAUAAUCUUAAAAUUGAAAUAAACUCUGCUAGUAGGAGCCAAGGUCCAGACCACUCCUGCCACCUCCAUGCACUUGCCAGCAUUUUCCGUGUGUCCUGCCUCACAUGUCCUGCCUGGGAGUGCACAUCUGAUGACAAUUUCAUUGCUAUGAAGUUAAUCCCUGGGUCUACUCCAGCUCCUCACAGCAUGUAACAUAUGAGGAAGGGAAAGCAGGAGGGGUUUGUUUUUUCUUACAUCCCUGCAAGGUGCUAUUGUACCAGCAGCAGCUGCAGAACAACAUGCUUUAUUUAUUCCAGUCCUCUUUAUGGGACCUGUAAAUCCACACAGAGGAUUAGUCACACAAACCCUGAUACAGGUGUGCAGGCUCAGAAGGACCUUCUUCCAAAAACCUUUUCUUAACCACUACAGAUUUACAAACGAUCUCUGAGAAGCAGGAUGUGCUUAUUGACGACAGUGCUGCUCUUUGUCAGGACAUCCAUCCUCUGCCACCUUCCCUGUGGCUGAGGCUGCAGCUGUGUCACAGGAACGUCUGGGGUUGGAUUGACAAAUUGAAGCUUUCAGGUGUGUAGACACCUUUUUUCCUGUUAAGAUAGGAAAGCAAGGCAUUACUUUCUCUGCCUCUCCACAAGGGGAGUGCUGGUGUUAGCUGUGCUUUUUUUUUUUCCUUUUGUGUUUCCCAUACUCAGCUCCUCACUUCCUUGGUGAAAUGCAAUGCUCCUGCCAGGCUUGUUCAGCUGUUCCAUGUUCCGGUGUUUCAGGUCGUGGCUCCCCGGGAAGGACCGAGGGGCUGCUUUGCAUUUCUGUGUUCCCAUCCAGGGCACUGAGGGUAAAACACAUCACGCCUGAGGGAAAAAUUAUGUGUGGGGAGUUCCUGUAGUUACUGUGGGAACUGCAGCUCCAAGGCAGAGGUUGCUGAGGGUGCACCCAUUCCCUUUGGAAGUAAAUUCCCUCUCUGUGACAAGGGGAAUGCAGAGCAUGCCACAAUGGGCAGGGUGGGCAGCAAAGUGUGGGGGCUUCUGAAGGGAGGUUUCUCCCCAGCCACUGUUGGUUCCACUGAGCUACUGGCACUGGGGACAGCAGAUACAGCACCAGUCCACAUGGAUGAGAAUUUUUGGAAGUUGUUUUAGCAUUUCACUGUGCACUAAAAUCCCCCUCUCAUUCUCCCAGGUCACCUUGUACAGUUACAGCCCUGAAUAACAACCAGAAUGUUAGAAAGCAUUUUAGCCACGUUAUCACUCAGAUUCCUUGGAAAACAAGCCCCUCUGCCCCUCCACCUCAGAAUGGAGUAACAGCUGUGUUUUUCAAUCAGACCUACCCAUUGUGAGAGCCAAGCUGACUUUUCACCUUUCCUCCUGCAAUGAGACCCCAGGAAACUUGAUAAUUUUUAACUCAAGUCUCUGAUGCCAGCCAUGCAUUUAGGGAACCUGCCAUAGUGAUCAUUCUACAGCAGGGGAAGCUUAACACAAAUAAGUGUUUGGUGCAGGAAAGGAACUAACAGCCUUGAGAAUUAUUCUGCAUUAAGUAAAAAAAGACCAGGAACACCUUUGGUGUGGCCAGCACUAAGGUAUUUCAGGACCUUCUGUAGCAAUAAAGCAGUAUUAGCUGUGGCAGAUGUGCCACUGACUCCAAAUCCAUCCAGCAGGGACUGUGGAAACACGUCAGGGUGGAAGGGCAGCCUGCCCAGCAUAGCUUAACCACUGAAAGAUGAAGUAGUUGCAUUUCUUUGCCUCCUCUCUCUGCCAAGGCAACUGUACAUUGUUGCUAUAAAUAGACACUCUGGAUCCCAGCUUCUUUUAACCUUGGAGGGAGAGAGCUCAGCCACUGUACAAAAGGCUGCUGCCACCCAGAAAUGUCUCACUGCCACUGGAGCUCCUCCAGCCCACUCGGGUACAGCUGCCUGUGCUGCUGCCAAGGACGGAGAACACCCAGCAAACCCAGUUUGCCCAGCACACACACAAUGGGCUGCAUGUCCUGCUCACAGAAAAACUGCCCCAGCCGAGAAACACAAGUCAGAACGGGGUCAAACAGCCCAUGGGGGUGAGGACAGGGAGAGUCCUUGGUGCCUGCUGUGGCAAUUUGGAGAGAUAAAGACAGGAAGGCAGAAUUUGGGGUCUGACCCCUGUCAAGGUCACUGUUUCAGCUGUAAGGUCCGGCUGCAGCUCCCACUGGAGCAGGGAGCACAAAGUGCACAGGCAGCUCUCACUGCAGGCCUUUGCUCUCCUGUUCCAAAUGUAACACCUGGAGCUGUGCCAAGCUGGCCCUGCCAACACCAGCCACACCUAUUCCCCAUGUGGUGGGAGGAGAUUACAGACAGCAAGCCCCUAUCUUCUCCAAAUAACUGGCAGAUCUCGCAGAAGAAUAAAUGCUUCCCAUUCUAAGAACAAGAUUUUGAGUUGAGAGCUAAAAAAUGAAUUAAUGCACAGGACUGAAUUCUAAAAUUUCAGUUACAAGACGCAGUCACGUGGAUGCCCUGCAGCAGGAGCAAGCAGCUCCUGUGUUCCAGGCAAGAGCAGUGGAAUUGUGUGGUCAGGGCAGGACAAGCAGGCUCCCACCUUGGCAGCCCCCAGCCCUGCACGUGGCUCAAGGCAUUUCAGAGAUGUAUCCACCUUAGGAAGAACUCACAAGAACUGAGCAGAAUGUGUUUGUAGCUGGACACUUAAAGUGGUAUCACUAUGAUAACAGUGACAAGAGAGCAAGAGCAUUUGAAAUUCUCAUCCUUUAAUGGUCAAUGAUAACUUCUGUCUGGUUCUGUGUAAUACAAUUAAACAAUAUACUUAAAUGUUUCCCAAAAAAAAAAAAAAAAA